AUGCACAUCUGCGCGCGAAUCUUCGCGUGGGCAUGGGACUUCUUCGCAGGUAGCGCCGCUUAUCCAAUGCAGCAUUCCGUGGGAAUAGAGGUGCGGGUAACCAAUGAGGUGCCUGGUAACACGACAGAGGAGAUCGUCGUGAAAGAUGCACCACCACCUUGGACGGCGAUGUCCGUACCCAGCAGUCGGACAACCCCGCCAACCCCCACGAAUCCGCAUCUACAGUACUUGUCUCCGCAUGUGUUCCAAGGGCGGAACUCUCUCUGCUGCACCAAUGAUUACACGCUGCGUAGAAGGCGUCCAAUGACGCUUCGCAUCGGUCCACGGCUGAGCCUGCCAAAUAAAAGCACAUCAGCCCCAACGACCACCACGGAUGGGGAAUGGCCAGUACUCGGGUAA